AUGCACCUCCAUGCCUCUGAAGAGCUAGAAGGAGCAAGCUCCCACAUCUCAAACAGGCUGCGCCGUCCCUCGCCCCCUCAACCACCGGUCUCCGCUUCCCUCCCACGAAGCCUCUCCCAAGUCGCCGCACCCCUGCGUGGCACCACGCUCGCCGCCUACAGGGAAGCUGAGUUGCAGGGCGCAGUUCAGGUUCCUGCGCCCGGGGCUGCGGCCCCUCAGGCCUGCACCGCCCAGACAGCCGUCCGCGACCGCCUGCCUGCGAGGCGGCAGCGGAGGGGUAAGCGCGGCCGGGCCGGGCACGCAGGGGCCACGCGCGGCCUGCCUGGCUCAUCCCGCCCCGCAGCUCCUACCUGGGCGGCCCGCGGCUUCCGGCGCAGCACAGCAAUCGCAGCCCCGCGGCGCAGCAACCCGCGGGAGGCGCAACGCUGCGGACUCAGCUCCGCCCGCUCUUCCCACGCUCCGCGCCCGCGCCGCGCCACCCUGCGGCCAAGUCCGGCGCUGCGCCUGCCGGGAACGCGGUCGCCUCCGCCCAUCCAUGCGAAAAGCCGCAGAGGAUCUGACCAGCCAGCCAACCACAUUCUCGCCGCCAAUAGGCCCGCCCUAAUCUGAGGGCGGCUCCAGAGCUGUCCUUUUCUUCACUGGUCCUGGUUCUUCUGACCUUCCCUUCCCAAGUUUCUCUCUCAUGACACCUCGCAUAAGGUCUCCAAGGACUCCUGGAGAAAGGACUGACAUAUUCAUGUUUGCCUAUGAAAUCCUGGACCAGCUGAAUUCAAGCUGCUUCUGGAAGGUGUUGCUAUUGUCUUUUCUUUUUAAGGCUUCAGAACACAGGACCAUUUGUACAAAGAUUUUUACUGAAAGCAGGGCACAGCACAGGAUACUUACAGGUUCACCAAUGCAGCCAUAUCUAAAGUCCUCUAUUGAUGCUCCAAGAUACUCCUUCCCAGCUGUUCUGCACCCUGAGCCCUGCUGCUAUCAUGUUUCCAUCUCUCUAAGACUCUCAGCCAUCUCUCUACUGCCUCCUAUAUCUUUCUGCAAACAGUAGAUUAUUAUGCAAAGAAAUUUAGUUUUUGGACAAAGUCUCCACUCUAGGCUAUUUUCAGUCUGAGGUCAGAGAAAAAUUAUAUCUGCCCUUCCUCUUAAAGAUGUUUGGGUAUGCCGGGCGGUGGUGGCGCACGCCUUUAAUCCCAGCACUCGGGAGGCAGAGCCAGGCGGAUCUCUGUGAGUUCGAGGCCAGCCUGGGCUACAAAGCGAGUCGCCAGGAAAGGCGCAAAGCUACACAGAGAAACCCUGUCUCGAAAAACCAAAAAAAAAAAAAAAGAUGUUUGGGUGUGCCUAUAUGAAUUUAUGUGUACCAUGUCUUAUGCUGAUGCCUACAGAGGCCAGAGAGCAGGAGAUCCCCUAGAACUGAAGUUACAGGUGAUUGUAAGCCACCCAAUGUGGGUAUUAAGAGCAGAACUCACAUUCUCUACAAGAACAAUAAGCUUUCUUAGCCACUUCAGUCCCAUUGUCUGCUCUUUAACCAGAUGUUACUAAAGAGUUUUCUUUUACCAAUGAGCAAAGUACUUCUAAGAUUAAUUCUGCCCCACCCUAAUGAAGGCAUAGGGCAGUAAUUUGUGGCAUAGCAUCUUUUUAUAUAUUAUUUCCCCCUUUUUCAUAAAUGAAGAAACAGAAGUAAGGGGGUUUGAAAUGUAAUACACUCAAGGUCACAUAGCUAAUAUCAGAGCUAAAUCCAAUUGUAGACUGUCUGACUCCAGAGCCUCAUGGAUUGACCACAAAGCAGCUCAGGCAGGUCCAAGCAGUUCUAUUCAUGAUUCUAGGGUAACUCAAGAAAUCCUCCCAUGAGAGAGUCUUGGGGCUCAGAGGAAAGUGAAUUGAUUGAGCAAGGCCAAUGACAUUCAGAUGAGUUAGAGCUUAGAAUAACUGCUGGCCUAUAGUUUCGUGUCAGAGACCCUUAAGUUGCCAGAUUCACCUGCUGAUGCUGCUGUCUCUGAAUUACACUGCGCUGUGUUCAUCUUUGGUAAGCUGUGAUCAGGGAAGACAAGGCAGGCUUUCUUUUGCUUAUUGAAUCCAAACUUCUUAGGUAAAACAAUUUCAUCAAUUUGGUUGCCAGUGAUGUCUAAAAUGGCUAGCAAAAUGAAGAAGGCUUCUCCAAAAGUUCCAUUAAAAAGCUACAAAAAGAACGAUUCA